AUGACGUCCAUGUCAAUAGCCGAUCCCGAUGUCACCAGCUUGGAAGAUGUGCAAAGAGAGCUGGAUUCAAUCAAGGCCGAGCGCAGACGACGACACCGAGCGCUGUACGAUGGAACCCUAGCUGGGGCUUCUCGUGAGACGACUAAAAUGACGGCUACCUCCUCCAAGGUUCGAUUCCCCGCCGCGGCGCGCGCUGUAAUAUGGGCAAACGCGCUCCACCGAAAAGAAGAGGGGGAGGAGGGCAUGCUGCCCUACAAACCAGAGGCUUGCGCCCCUUUUCAGCUGCUGACGAUGGCCUACGUGCCCCGGUCGGACGGGCGCCUCGGUCCUUCCCCGGGCCACUUCAUGGGCAGCCCCGUCGAAGCGCUCGAUUUGAGCCCGUGCCUUCGGACGCUAAAGCUAUCCGGGAGGAACUUCGGGCCUGACCAAGAGGAGGUUCUGCAGGCCCUGUCCCGGGUGGGUGAGAAGCUUACGAGCCUCGAGAUCACCAACUGCUCUGGCGUGACACCGGACGCGCAUGGAAUCCUUCUACGCGGAGUCGGCCGGCAGCUUGUCACUCUGGACCUCUCCGGGUGUCUGGACAUGGGAGACGGGUUGGUGGUACAUCACAGAGCUUUUCUCGGGAAACAGUUUCUCGUGGAGGUGGAGGGCGGACUCCCGUGCCUUCAACGGCUGCUUGUCUCCGAUUGCCCGGGUGUGGGGGACCUUGGUCUUCGAGCAGUCCUGGAUGGAUGUCUCGCUCUCCAAGAACUCUCAGCGGGUGGCUGCGACCUGGUUACGGGGAGGGCCUUCCUGGGAGGAAUAUUCGCAGGCGGGGUUGCAACUGCCCCAGUGCGCGGCCUCAAGCUGCUUGAGCUUCCCGGUUGCCAGCAGCUACACCCGUCGGCGUUGGAGUGGAUAGCUGCGGGAUGUUCGGACCUCCGCUCCCUCGUCGUUUCGGGAUGCAUCUCGACAAACCCAGAGGGUGUUGAACUUCUGGCCACAGGUCGCCCAGACCUGCUCCGGCUAGGUUUGGCGGGAUGCGUGGGACUCGGCGGGUCGACCGCGCUUUCGUUCGUUGCUGACCGAAGUGGUCAGUACCUCCAACACCUCGACAUCUCCGACAUUCCGGCGACAGCAGCUUCUGUCGUGGGAAAGUUUCUCAGGAACUGCGGGAAGCUAGAGUUUGUCGAUCUCAGCGGGCUCGUAAAAGUGGAUGAAUCCUCGUUUCGCGGUCUGGGGGGAGGGGGUGGAAACUCUGGUGAUGAUGAUGGUGACACGAGUGUUGCCGACCCUCGCGGCCGGAAAGACCAGACCAAGCACAACCGCUCCGCGAAUAUUGGCGUCAACCCUGCCAGGGAACAAAGCGGCAAAGGGUCCAUGCCUAGCGGGGCCCCAGCUCUGCCGCACCUACGGGCGGCGCGUAUGCUCCGACUCCCGGGCCUCGACAACGCCUCCGUGGUACGGUUUGCGAACGCCUGUCCCUCCCUCAAGGAGCUCCUCAUGUCCGACAGCCGUAUGGUCACGGGCGCAUGUUUGGCGCCCUUGGCUUCCCUCUGCCCCCUGCUACGAUCGCUGGGGCUGGAUCGCUGCAGCGCCGCCUCCGACGAGCCUGCCCUAGCCGAUGCUUGCAGACGUCUACCGGGUCUGGAAAGCCUCGCUGUUGCGAUGGGGGACGGGAAUCGCAGCCGAUUCAUGACGGAUGCUGAUCACCCUGGCAAUAGCGGGCACGCCGGUGGCGGCGAUCGCACUUGUAGGAUUGGCGGGCAGCACAACACGCCGCAUGCACCGUCGAGGCGAGCUCCUUACGGCGGCCUGCUAGACUGUUCGGAUUCUUCAUCUUCGGCCGUUUCUUCUUCUGCUGCCGGUACGAGGACUAUGCAGGACAGCAACCUGGCAUUUACAGGAAGCCUUCUGCUCGAGGCGGCGUGGCGCCACUGCCCCCGAUUGACGACACUUGGACUGGAGGGCCAUGAGCAGCUCAAUUUCUCGUCGGAGCAUUCCCCUGCCGAGGCGUUCCCGUGCCUAACAGAGCUGAGACUGGUCGGUUGUACCGCCGUCAACGACACCGGCUUGGUAGCGCUCUUGAAAGCUUGCCCCCGUGUUCGGUCGCUGUCCCUCGUAGGCUCCGGAGUCACCCAGGACGCCCUAGUGAAGCAUUCGGCAUCAUCGGUAAUGGUAAGCCAAUCCUUCGCGGAGGUGUUGCCUCCUGUGCCAUUCUCCUCGGCGUUGGCAGGCGGAGAUUCCCGUUUUACGGCGACUUCCUCCCGUCGCACACGUACGGCGGAAUCGACCGGGUCACAGGCGCAAUUUGUCACCGCUCCCCCGACACCACCCCCCCCCAAGCAAGGUCACCGGCAGCUUCAAACCAUGGAAAGCAGUACAUCGAUGCAACAGGCAUCCUACCUGACAGGGGGUAGCUGCACUAGCAGCAGCCAGAGUAAGCGCAGGGUGGGGCAGGAGAACGGUGGAAGCGCACUGGCUACGGGGUUAAGGCCGGCCCCGCACCACAAGCUGCACCUGGCUGCGGCGGCGGUAGUUUCGAGGUUUGACGAAGAGCGGCGAGCACUGGAAAUCCUCGGGCGCGCUCUCCGGCAAUUCAGAGACCGUCGGGCUCGUGUGCUCAUGUCAAGCGCGAGGAAGAUUUGUCGACGGAUGCUGGCGUAUAGAUUCAAGAGCAACACCGGUCAGCUGGACAAGAUCCAGGAACUUAAGCUGGCCAAGAAAGCGAUUGGCAAGCAGUGGUUUAAGGCUGCUGCUGCUGCUGCCAGAGACGCCGACAAAGACCCCGACAAGAUUACAGCCGAGAAGCGGCGGCGCGAAGAGAUACGGGUCGGGGUCGAGCAAUGUGCCUCGUUCGUGAGGGGGGAGCGACGACGCCUGGGUGCCGUUGCGAUGCUAAGGAAUCAGGCGAUCCUUGAAGACGAGCAAGUGGUUCACUUCGGUGCUAUGCCGCCGGCCCCCACGCGCAAGAUUGCUCCAGGUGUCUACUAUUUUCGACAAUUGCACUGGUUUCACGUGUUGGCUACUCCACAAUGUCGCACGCUUUUUUUUUCCAAGUACAAGGAAGAAGGGCCGUUCGACAUCCACCCAAAGGCGACACGCCUUCGCGAUGGGCGCGAGAUCCCUUUCGACGGGGAAGCUGACUUCUUGCGCCCCCCCCCCGCCCAAGCAAAGGGGUCCCCCCCUUCACUAUCCGCGACGACAACGACGAGCUCGCGGGAGGUGGAGAGGAUCACCGCUUUCACGGGCGACACAGCGGUCAAGGACCCACCCGACUUCGACGUUUUUCGGAAAGGGUCCAGCGAGCUCUGGGACGAAGACGAGGAUGGGGCUGCAGCCGAGAAGGCUGCGGCGGACAGAGCCUCGGAGGCGAUGAGGGCGGCAGCUUCCGGGAGUAACAAGGAGAGAAUCCUCUGCUUUCACUGCAGGAAGCGCUUCGCUUCGGUGUCAUGCACCGAGUGUCGGAGUGGCUACUGCCACAGGAUGUGCUCUGAAUCACGUUUAUCUUUGAACGACAGGUGUUCCACGCAUGUCCAUUCUCAACCUGGCCGCCUUGGCCACGACUUGGUACCGUUCCAACGCCCCGAAAAGCCAAUCAACACUUCGGAGAGACGGUUGGACGGCGGCGGGAAAAGGGGACAUGCCAAGAACGCCAAGCGGGCAGCCAGGAGCCUGCCCGACUGCGCCAGGCGGGCCGAGAGUUGCCUCAAGAGCAUGGCACUCUUGAAGCACAAAGAAAUGAUCAGGGCUGACGAGAACAGGGUUAAGAUGAAGGCAAAAGACCGCAAAGAGAUGGAAGAGGCCCAAGAGAGAGCCAGAAGGGCACAAGAGGAGUACAACCGUGCCUCGACCGAGGAACAAAACGCCGCAACAGCUGUCCAAAACGCGUGCAAGGGCCUCAUGAGAAAGCUUCUGAUCAAACGGGAAUCUGAGUUACGCCGGCGCGCCCAAGAAGAAGACUCCAAGCUCAAGCUCAAGGAAACGGCAACACGAGUCCAAGCGCUGUACAGGGGCUUCUCCGUCCGGCACUUUCUGAAAGAGUCAGCGGCCAGUGUUGGCGAGACGUAUGCGGGCUUGGCGGUAGUACUCCCCGAGGGCGUACGCCCAAUUCUCCCCGGAAUGUCGCGAGACAAGACGGCGGCGGCGGCGAGGGCGAGGCGAGACUGUGCCUUCCGGCGACGGUGGGAAAGGGAAGCGGCCAUAUCGAAAAUGAUACACCUCGAGGAAGAAUCGACCAGGUACGGUAUAAAGAAUAACACUUUGUUUGUCGGCCUACAUGUAGUCUCCAACUUUGAGUAG